AGGGUCCUUACAGCGCAUGGAAUUUACACCCUAACCCUAAUAUGGCGUCCAGUCGGUAUCCCAUAGUAACGAGUAGCCAAUUAGGUUUCUAGAGAGCGCGGGUGGGCGUGGUACGAAUCCCCGCAGUACAUACAGGAGUGGAGGGCAGGCACCACCAUGGCCUGGGACCAGGAGACAGAUGAAUGGGAUAAGGAAAUGAUGGAAAUGCUGCAAGGUCUGAAGAUCAGGAACAGCCUCGUCCUGCAGGAGUUCUCUUCUCUGUAUGAGGUCUGGAGAGGGCCGGCCGUGGACCCCAGCCUCCAGCUUGCAGAGCAAAUCUCCAAACCAAAAGUCGAGGCCUCCAAGAAAAGCUCUGGAAUCACUGUUCCUCAACCUUUCCAAAUGAUGCUGCGUGAAGCAGAGAAAAGGAAGGAGGUGAAGCCCCAGCCGUGGGCAGAUUUACAAGCUGAGCAGAGUGCCGAUGAUGCCGAAUGCUUAAAGCAGUUCCGUGCCCAGCCCGUGCCCGCCCAUGUCUUCUUGCCAAUGUACAGUGAGCUAAUGGAGCAAAAUGAAAAACGAAGAAAAUCCUCAGUCCAGAAGAGGCGAGAACAUCUGCUGUCCAUGCAGAAACCCUUCCAACUUCUGGGACAAGACAGACAAGUGGAAAGAGCAGCGAGUGCCCCCACUGAGAGAGCACCAAGCAGAAAGAGGUCCAUCCCUAAAUCUGUUCUGGACCCCACUGUCAGUGACAGGAUAAGAGAGGCAGAAAUUGUAAGAAAGAUCAACAGUAAUUUGCGAGCAAAGGAUCUGCUGGAGAGCUCGUCGGCCCCUGUCCCACUGAGCCGAGACGUCUGCAACCCACAUUCCAGAACCUGCCUGAAAACCAAACAGCAGCACCUGGGGUUCCUACAGCAGAAUUUGACAUUCAAGCCCCAUAUAAACCCAUCUGUCCCUGACUUCCAAACGCUGUAUCGCAACUUCCAGAAAUGCUCCUUAAAGAAGCAGAGAGUGCGAGAAGCUACAGAGAGCAAGCCUUUUAAUCUGCGCACCUCCAGCCUCAGCUCUAAGAGACUCAGCAGGACCAGCAGUAUCCAGGAGACCCUACCUCAGCGAUCCUCAGCCCAGCUCUCUAGCCUAUCACCUAACACUCUUCCAGUGUAUAUUACUGACAGCACCAAGAGGCGGGAAGUCGCCAUCAGAUCUUCUCUACGGGACAAAGACUUCCAAGAUUUAGUGCGGGAAAAGUGGCUCCAUGAGCACCGUCAGAAAUCUCUGAGCGUGCAGAGCUCGCUGUCCAGACGAGCGGAGGCACUAGAUCCACACAAGCCUUUAGCUUCAUCCAACAAAGAGAAACUUCAACAGAAGCGACGCUCUGAGCGCAGAAGGACUCAGGAAUACAAGGAGGAGCUGAAGGAAAUGAUGAGACGUGUCGGGGAGAGAGAGUAUCUCUUUGAGCGUGUCACCAAGGGGCGUGCCACUAAAGACAUGGAGCGCAGGUUUACACAGACUCUAGCUCAGGCUGGGUUAAAUGAGGCAUUUGUGCAGCAGAAGGGAGAGGCACGUGUGGAUGUGAAUGAAUCUGAGGGCGGCCAACACGCUGAUGCCGAAUCCAAGUGAGACAGGAUUUCCACACUUCGGAUCUAAAAAUGUAACUGAUCAGCAGAAGCAGCUGCAUAUAUCUUUUCAAGGACCCUGAUAUCACGGUUUUAUUAUUCCUGAUGGUCAGCGUCCGUCGUUUGGUCUUCUCGUUUCUAGAGGAGCACCUGUGUGUCCUGGAGGGGUCUCUCCAUUUCAGAUGAUUCUUCAGCCCUGAUGGUCAGCGGCCGUCAUUUGGUCUUCGCCUUUCUAGAGGAGCACCUGUGUGUCCUGGAGGGGUCUCGCUUUAUUUCAGAUGAUUCUUCGGUUCUGCUAAUAUUUAUGGGCUGUUAAAUAUCUAAUAAAAAGAACAUAGAAAGCA